UCCACGGACAGUGUCACGGGUCACUUUUAACAAGUUUAUCAAUAUAACAACAAUUGAAAUUGUGUAAACAAGGUUUAAGAAGAUUCAUCUAAAUGUCAGCCUUUUGUGAGCAAAGUUUAAAAUCACUGUUAUUUCCUUCGCACCUCGAUUUUCGGCUAAAUCCGUCAGUUUCUCAGAUUCGAGAAAAAAGUUUGCGUGUCCUGUGUGUGUUAUUGUUGCAAUAAUUUAAAAAAAUUAAGACGCGUUUCUCAAAAUGUUGGAGGGACUCGUUGCCUGGGUGCUCAAUAAUUAUCUGGGAAAGUACGUGGAAAAUUUGAACACCGAUCAGCUCAGCAUUGCUCUACUCUCAGGUGAAGUAGAACUUGAGAAUUUACCUUUAAAACGAGAAGCAUUGCGUCAUAUCGGCUUACCAGUUGAGGUCAAAGCAGGAUUCAUUGGUAAAGUUCGUGUGCAAGUACCUGUUAGACAAAUAAGAACUGCAUCAUGGGUGAUUGCGAUAGAACAACUCUACUUAGUGGCUGGACCAAUUUGUCUCGACGAGUAUGACAACGAAGCAGAGGAUCAAGCUAUUUUGGAUUAUAAACUAAGUCGACUUGAAGCUCUGGAAGCUAGAUGGCGUGCGGACACAGAACGUGAUCCUGGUUAUUAUGCAACAAGCUACAGUUCAUGGUUAAAUUACGGAACGUCCUUAGUGACAAACAUUAUCGAAAAUCUGCAGUUGAAUAUUAAAGAUGUCCAUUUACGAUACGAAGAUACCAAAGCACUUUCAGACGGUAGUGGAAUUGCUUUUGGAGUUAUAAUCGGAGGAUUAACAGCUCAAAGUUGCGAUGCGAGUUGGAUCCCAGGAUCCACCUCCUGGAAUCUCACCGAUGCGUCCUUCAAGCUCAUGGAAUUGGACGGACUCUCGGUCUAUUGGAAUCACUUGAAAGACGAGAAUUUCUUUGGAAACUUAAACCUCGGAGAUUUAGCAAUUGCGAUGAGCGAGUCGAAGAAAGUCAAGCAGAGUUAUAUUUUGUCACCCGUGAGUGCGAAAGCCCACAUAAAGAGAGACAGAUCUGAAAGGCCGUUACGUUCUCCCAAUAAACCAAGAAUUGUUUUAGACCUGUCUUUGGAUCAGGUGCCACUAGCUCUAACAGAUGAACAAUAUGAACAAAUGGUAAAAUGCAUCAAAGGACUGGAAGACAUAGAUCGAAGAAGGCGACAGUGGAGAUGCAGACCCGCAGUUUCCAUACACGAAUCGCCCAAAGAGUGGUGGAAAUAUAUGGCCCGUUGUUACAUCGGUCCUGGCAGUUUAAAAACAAAAAUGUCCUGGGAUGAUAUCUUGAAAAAAGGCAGAAAUAAUGUUGUCUACGUGGAGGCUUGUGCGAAAUUAUUAGGAACUCCAACUUCUAGUCUACCGCCCGAAAUCAAAAGACUAAAAGACGACAUGGAACAAGAACUUGGUUUCGAGGAACUUCGCGUCCUGCGAGAACUGGCAAUGGCGAAAGUCAGACCGCCAAACAUUCACUCCAGUUCGAAGAACUCGAGUCCAGAAGAGGCACGGGGAAUGUUGGUCCAGUGGUUCCCACAAUGGUGGGGCUGGUACUCAAGAGCUCCCAACAGCAGCGCACCUCCAAGUUCCUCCACCUUCGACGGAGAGCUUCUCGACGUUCUCUCCGACACCGUCGACGACGACACUCUUCUACGUCGAGACACCGUUUUCGGCCAGUUUAAUUUCGCCCUCUCGAAGGGCGCCAUUUCUCUGUGCACCUCAAAAAAUGACAGCUACUCGGCGAAAACGGUGAUGGAAUUGCAGUUCGAGAGAGUUCAUCUGACCUACGAAUCUCGCCCGAGGUCUGGCUCACACAAGUUCUACAUCAGUCUGGGCGCUCUCUUCUUGCACGACUAUUUGACGGAAAAUUCGACCUUUCCGAUUUUAAUCCAACCGCAAACUGUCCUCGGAUCGACUUCACGGCUCCGGAGUUCAUCGGAAAAAUUACUUACGCAGAUACCACAAUCGCUGUUCGAAUUGACCUACGAAAAAAGGCCACUGCAUCUAAGUGUUGAUCACUUGCUUCAAGUCAACUCAAGAUCCCUGGAUGUCGUUUACAAUCCUUUCGCGAUACUCUGGUUGAUUGAUUUUGUCUGCAAACCGCACAGAUAUUCGUCGAAUCAGAGACUCCAGGCCAUGAAACGCAGAACGCGUCGACAGCUUAUAAAAAAUUGGGAGCAAAUUCUCGAAGGGGAUUUUGACUAUCGCUCUUCCUGGGAUCUCCAGCUGAACAUUUCUGCACCGCAAAUUCUCCUGGUCGAAAAAUUUACCGAUUCUAAUGCAGCGGUCGUGGUUGUGGAUUUUGGACGACUGCAUUUGUCGAACAGCCUCGAGUCUGGUGAAGUUAUUCUCCGACCUGGAUCGCCCGGCUCGGACAACGAAGAUGAGAGAUUCGAAACUCCGUGCUCGACUCCACCAGGAAGCCAGGAAAAUGGAUCUCUCAACGAUUUCCAAUUGUCGGAGGCGACAUUGCACAAAAAGUUGUAUGACCAUUACAGCGUAGAUUUGUCCGAUCUUCAGAUUCUCGUUGGAAAGGUAAAAGAUAAUUGGAAGCAUGCGAGGACGAGAGGAAUGUCUAGUCUUCAUGUUCUCGAAAGAUUCAACAUUUCUUUACAAAUUGAAAGACGAGUUGUCACGACAGCUGACCCGCAAUUCCCGUCCAUCACAAUCUCAGGAAACUUGCCAAGAUUGGUAGUCCACGUGAAUGAGCAGAAAGUGGAAGUAAUUCGGUCAAUGUAUCACUUGUUGUCGAGCUUAUCCAGCUCUGCUGGCCAGUCAAGAGUGGCUGUCGAUCUGGAACCGGAGAGUCCCAAAAAGGAGGAAAGCGUCGACCGAACUUUGAGUCGCGUCAUGAUGCUCCAAUUCAUCAUCGACCAGAUGACUUUCGAGUUGCAAUCACGCGGACGCAGCGUCGCGGAGCUUCAAGUUUCCGGCGUCCGAGCGGCACUCAGCAAGAGGCCAGCCGACUUGAGCGCAUCUCUCUCGGUUCAUGGAUUACUUCUGGUAGACGCGCUGCAGGAAUUCGGGCCAGAUUUCGAACUCCUUGUGGCGAGCCACAAACACGUAGGAAUGGACAGCAUCUCUGGAAGUUUGAGGGACUCUGAACCAACAUCUCCCGUCUCUCCCGUAUCUCCUGGCUCGCCAGAGCCAGGAUUACCUCGACGCUUGACUUCUCCACUCGCUCUAACUCAUGCGCUCUCCAGUCUCGCUCACGACUCGAAGAGUCCUUACUCGCCAAGAAAUAAUUCCUCGAUUGGAUUGGAUCAACUUGAUUCGGAGGCGCUGAUCGUGAUAGAACUCACCCUCGUUGAAGAUACUAUCGAGACCUUGAGAAUGGCUAAUAUACAGUUCAACAAUCUCGACAUAAUAGCGAACCAGGAAACAAUCGUCGAGCUGAUGGGCUUUGCGAGAAGGCUCUUCCCGGUGCAGAAAUCUCGGACGAAAAACAUGCAGCGAUACGAGUCCUUGACGAGUUUAACGUCGGAAUUUAAAGCGACGAGAACAGAAAUCACCUUCGAUUUUCAUAGAUUAAAUGUACUUCUGCUUCGGGCAGUCAUGCAGGAGAGUCACUUGGUAGGACAGAAAAUAGCUACAGCAACCAUGUCGGACGCGAGGAUUCAGGCAACGCUUUCGUCCAACUACUCGAUUUCGGGAUCACUGGGGGGUCUGCAGGUUUUGGAUCAAACUCUGAUCGGAAAGACACAUCAGAGAAUUAUCAGCGUUGGACGGGAUCCUCUAGCCGAUCCUCCACACCAUCCUCUCGAACAUUUCUCAAGUCUCACCAAGCCUACAGAAGCUUUUCGAUUCUCGGCCAGUCGAAGCUUCAAACAGUCGGAUUUAGAUGGUUUAGAAACGGUAGCGGACAUCACGAUUCGCGUUGGUAGCGUUUGGUACACACACGCGCCCCAUUUAAUUUCGGAACUUCGCUCCUGCGCUGAUGAAUUCAAGCAGUAUCUAAGCAACCUCGCGCGACAAAUUGGAGCGGCUGCGACUGACAUGGCGAUAGGUUUAGUGCAGGCGGAAGAUUGGACGAUACCGCAGCGGAAGCGUCUGCCCAGUUUUUCAAUGGAAGGCACCGAAAAUUCCGGAAGCUUGUCGCUUAAACUCGACGUGGUUUUGGACAGUCCUGUUUUAGUGAUCCCGAGAGCUUCACACAGUCCUCAAGUGUUUGUCGCGCACUUGGGAACCAUGUCGCUCCAGCACGAGCCCUUGGCAGGAGCAACAAGGCACAAAUUGAGUUUAGAAGUGCGCGACAUGAAUUUGUACUCCCUGGACGUUUCUUCAAAGUUGAACCAAGUCCAGAGCAAUCUUCCUGUUCGGGCCGAGGAAAUGUACAGCUGUAAAGAAUCUGGCAAGCCUAUAUUACAUGACACCUUGCUGAGAGUUGUCGUCGAAAAGGAAAGAAUCACACAGCUUCAGAGUCCAGGAUUUUUAGGUGAAGACACUCCACCAAACCCGAUUCUUCAAGUUCACGGCGUGGUGGUCACGCCUUUGAAAGUCUCCUUGACUCGUGCUCAAUACGAACAAUUGCUGGAUACGAUUCAUCGGCUCUUCUCGAUAUCCGUGAUGGAACCAGUUCAAAAACCGCAAACUGCAACCACAGUAUCCUACUCGGAAAAGUUGUCCUAUUCGGAAAAGUUUGAUCUUUCCCUGAAAGUUUUGUUUGAGUUGCCAGCCCUGAGUGUCGAACUGAAACAAGAUCGUUUGGAACAGCCGCUCGUGGAGCUUUCAAUGCGAGACUUUGUUGCGAAAUACGAGAAACUACACAAAAAUGAAUCAACAACUCAAGUCUCGCUUCGCUCCCUCUUGAUGGAAGAUCUUCUGUGUCCUGUUGGUUCCAGACAUCGAUUUAUGAUGCAGUCUUCUGUUCCCACUCGUGCCAGGUUACCGGUUGGAGUUUCCAAGUCGUGUCCGGACAUAGCAUACAUGCAAAGAUGGAGAACUGACUGCAGCGGGAGUUUGCCGGACAGAUUGGAAACUGACACUCUCUAUGGAGCAGUGCCUGCUCACUGGCGAAGAAACGCUUCUGGAGAGGAGACCCCAGAUACGCCGCCUCCAUCCCCAGGUGCUGUGACGAGCGAAGAAAAUUUGGUACUAAUCAGCAUCACCAUGACUCAGCCAGAGAGCGUCAGGGAUCAGAAGAUCAGCAAGUCCGUGAGCGUUGAUUUCAAUUGCUUGGAUCUAGUCGUGAGCGUCGAAUCCUGGAUGGUAGUUCUUGAUUUUCUCGGAAUUGGCACACCAAGCACGGAUGCUGUGGAUGCCGCUCAACAAACAUCAACAGAAGUGGAGCUAAAUCAGAAUGAACUGCCUCUCCAUUCCGAAACAGAGUUAGAAAUCCGAUCUUUGACUCUAGUUUUGACACAAUCAGACCGUGAAAUAGCGAAAGCAAACGUGUCUAAUGCAAGCAUGCACAUUUUGAAAACAACUGGAAUUACGAAGAUAUCAGGGUCUUUGGGGUCCAUGUCUCUCUUGGAUUUGACUCCACAUGGUAGAUUUUACAGGGAGCGAUUCCUUUCGUCGGGCAGAAAGGCACUAAACUUUCAGUACUCGAGUUACUCAGAUUCGGAAAAAAGGCCUCACGACGCACACCUGAAACUCCAAAUGUCUGCCGUUCAUUACGUCCACACUCAGAGAUUCGUCGCUGAACUGCAGGCAUUUUUCUCUCACUUUUCACAACUGCGGACCAUUAUGGCCAAUUUGCGAGCCGGUGGAAGUGCGACUAUUAACUUGAACAAAAGGGACAUGCGACUCUCAUUGGAACUUCACGCCGGAGCGCCCGUCAUUUUGAUUCCUGUGAGCUCCAGAUCUGACGAGUUGAUUCUUCUCGACCUGGGGGAAUUGACUGCACACAAUUCCUUUAGUUUUUCCAGCGCCAUGGAGGAGUGUCUCUUGGACGUAAUGUUCCUAGAGUUGGUGAACAUGGACGUUUACGCAGCCCGGAGAUUAAAAACUGAGACCACUGAGGGUGUCGAUACUUUGUCAGUCGGAGGGGCUGUGAUUCAAAAAUCUGGGCCUUCUCUUCUAACAGAGAAGUGUCAUCUAAAACUGAGAGUCGAGAGAAAUCUCGACACGUACAUCAGUCGAGAUAUUCCCGACUUGAGUAUCCAUGGAACGCUUUCGACCAUGGAUUGUGCACUAGAUCCAGCUCAGUAUAUGUUGAUCCGCGGCCUCUUGUCAUACAACAUUGGGGAGAAUUUGGACGAUCUUCGUCUUUUCAUGCAGGAUCUAAACGAGGCGCAAUUCACAAUUAAUGAUAACGAUCUUCAGGGGAAAGUGUGGACAAAAUCAUACAUAAGCUUGGAAUUGUUGAACGUCACGCUCAAGUUACGUCCUCAUCAUGGAAUUGCGGCCCUCGCGUGCGUAAACUUUAUCAAAUCAAAGUUGACACUCGACUCGUUGAGUGAUGGCUCGCAAGACAUCGAUUUGGUCUCGCAGGAGAUACUGGUGACUGACACCAGAUUCCAGGACGAACCAGUUAACCGAAGAUCCAACGUUUUCACGGCGAUUCUCCAGCCUCUGCGGAACUCCGUCUGCUUGGAGGAUCGCGUUCAGGCUGAGAUACAUCACAGGAAGAGGAAGAGCUGCAUAGCAACGACAAUUUUACUCCACAGUAUGCGACUCACUGCGAUCCUGGAUUGGUGGGAGGCAGUCAAAGACUUUCUCAUCCUGAAUUCUGCUGAACCAGAACCAAUACUAGGAACCGUUCAGGUACUUUUGCCGCUGGAGAGUGACAAUGAAGACAAUGCCAGUACUCUCACGACGCCCUUCGAACUCAAAUUGAACAUAACGGACUCCGAGCUCGUCAUCGUCGAAGACACCUCUCUCUGGGACACAAACGCAGUUAUUUUGAAGUGCACCGCAGUCCUCACCUACAAAUCAACGCCUCAAGACAGCGAGAAAUUGCUCUCGUGUAAUCUAUCCCACUGCGAACUCUUUUCUUGUAUCCUCGGUCUGGAAGAUGAAACCGCGCUCUCAAUUAUCGACCCAGUUGGUGCUAGUUUGGAAGUGACUCAAGAUAUGGCUCUGGAGAUUCAACUGCAGCCUUUAAGUGUCAGGCUAAGUUACCAUGACGUGAAUAUGUUUUCCAGAAUGUUAAGAUCCCUUCCGAAACAAACCCUCUGGGCAAAACAAAGAUCGAAUGAGCCACCAGCCAAUGCCAAGGCUCACGUGACCAAGUUGUCUGCAUUGGGCUUUGCUGAAACUGACUGUGAAACUGCUCUGGACAGAUGCGAUGGAAAAUUGGAUGAUGCGGCUUUAUGGCUAACACAAAAUGCUGUUCCAAGCGCUGAUAGUGCCAAGAGAGAUUUUUUCUUCAGGGUUGUCAAAUUGGAAACAUCCUGUUUGAGAAUCUGCAUCAUCGAUGAUUGUAGAGAUGCGGAUGUUCCACUCCUUGAACUGACCCUGCUAGAUUUGACCAUGAGGCAAAGCUACGCCGGUCCGGGUGUGAUUUCCGGUACUUUUGGUCUCGAUUACUACAACCGAGUCCUCAGCGGCUGGGAACCAUUUAUGGAACAGUGGAAAGCGAUAGUUCAGUGGGAGCAGACACUCUCGAGUAGUUUGAACGCCAAGCGUCUCGAGAUUCGUGUCGAUUCUCAAGACUCGGUGAACAUGAAUAUAACUUCGACUCUAGUCGAGCUGGUGACGCUGGUCAAACAUAAUUGGACCCAAGACUACUAUGUGACGAGCAGUUCUUCGAUGAACAAGUCUGGAUCGGGACAGAGCUAUCGGCGACGUUCUCCAUUUGUGCCUUUUGCUUUGAAGAACGAGACUGGUUCCAAACUCUGGUUCAAGACUCUGAUCGCAACAGCCAACGACACGAGAGAUUUGGAUUGGAAUUUUGUGGAGAAAAGAACCUUGGAGGUGGAUGAGAGUUGGCUAGAAGUGGGCAAUGGUGAUACGAUUCCUUUCACGUUUGAAGGAAGAGGAAAGCUGAGACAUCAUUCAACGCAUAUCGCGAGAAGACAUCAAGUUGCAGUUCUGCUGGAGGGUUGGAAUGUUACGGAUCCAGUGACGGUGGACAGAGUCGGUGUUUAUUUUAGGUAUGCACACACUGAUAUCAAAGGUUCUAAGCUCGCAUCGAAAACCAGGUUGAUCUUCAACAUAGAACUGGAAGGGUCAGCCAGAAAACUCGUAACAGUUCGCUCAGCUCUACAAAUUAUCAACAAAUUAGGUUACACUCUCGACAUAAAACUAGAAAAUGCCCUGAAUUUCGGCUCCUAUCCUGUGCAAUCCAUAAGUGGAAAAAUUCUUCAGGUGGCCGCUGAAUCCCAGAUUUCAAUACCAAUCACCUACACUGGUGUAUUGAUGAGUCUAAGACCCCUGCAUCCUAGCAACUCUUUUCAGUACUGCACGCAACCGAUUGACUGGACGAUAGUGAAGAAGCCAUUGGAAGUUAUCGAAACUCCUGCCAUUUGUCGCACUAACAAGGAUGAUGUCUUCCGCAUGUCUAUCGCCAUAAAAAGAGACAAUUAUCCGCCCGACAUCAGUCAAACAAUACCAGGACACCGAAUCACAAUACUAGCACCAAUCACUAUAACAAAUUUACUUCCACACGAAGUUUUCUACAGCGCUGGGACUGAAUCCGGCCGAAUAUUACCUGGAGGAACUGCUGAUUUGCACUCUACGAAUCUGGAUGAGCAAUUGGAUAUAAAAAUCCAGUUAGAUGGAUAUCCAGGAGCUGGAUUUGUACUCUUGCCUCAAGGCAGCAACUCCUUCACUGGACGGAUUCGCUUGUCGGAUUCCGCAGGACGAUUCUUAUUCCUCCAAGCAGCCGUCGUCGUCGAGAAGGGUUCAGCUGUCCGAAUAAAUAUCACCUCUCCCUACUGGAUCAUCAACAAAACGGGCUUGCCUCUCGUCUUUAGACAGGAAGGUGUAGGCGUCGAGUUUGCCGGACAGUUUGAAGAGCACGAGAAGGCAAGAAUGGUCGCGCCCUUGCUCUUUUCUUUCAGCGAUGAAGAAGCCAGUAGGACCCUCUCUGUUCGAGUCGGGACUGGUGUCCAUCCGAAUGGAAUUCCACAGUGGUCUCAGCACUUUCACCUGCAACUGGGCGUUCAAGUUCAUCGGCUGAGAGUUACUCUGCGAGAUGGUAGACCUGACAUUGUUUAUUUAAUUGGCGUGGCAGCUAGAGCUGCCCGUGGAAGAUACAGCGCGACAACUGUUGUCACUCUCUCGCCGAGGUAUCAACUGCACAAUAGGUCUUCUUGUACCUUGGAACUCGCGCAGAAGAGCUUCACGACCACCAUCAGUCAUCCGGAUGCACAAGCGACUUAUAUCACAGCCAUGCCUGAUUGCCAUAUGCCCUUCCACUGGCCAAGAUUGGACAAGGAUCAGCUGCUUUGUGUCAGAAUUAUAGAGGUUCCCCACUGCAUGUGGUCGGGUGGAAUAGUUAUCCAGGGAAAUCAUUCUCUCACGAUAAAUGUAAGAGAUAUGGGUGGCAAGAUGUACUUUCUGAGGGUGGAUGUCGUUCUUCAGGAGAGCACAUAUUUUAUCGUCUUCACUGAUGCUGACACGAUGCCGCCUCCAAUCAGAGUGGAUAAUUUCUCGGAAGUUCCACUCUUUAUCAAUCAGAAUUCAGUACCUGACAACCUGCAAUGGACUGUGAGACCUCACUCAUCAGUUCCUUAUGCACUCGAUGAACCAACUUUAGCUGCGGAACUGACAGUUACCGCUCCAGGAGGAGUUUCAGCUUCUUACGAUUUAAAUUUACUCGGUGAAUGCAGAGGACUGACCUAUGAAAACUUUAUUUAUAUCGCCUUCACAGGAACGUUUAAAGACGAUGGAGACCUGGGAACAAGUGAGAACAGUCUGGAUCCAUUGGAUGUAGAAACUCAAAGAUUAGUUUUAGAAGCUGGGCCUGGAGGAUUGGUUGCCCUGCGCAGAAAACAGUACGGAGCAAGAUCCCAACUAUGGAGAAUGACUGGGAGUGGACAACUUCAACACGAAGGGUCUAGUCCUCCACGUGACAAACACACGAGAGCUCCCGACACCGUUUUGGUUUUGGAUAUUGCUGGCACAGCUCCUCAACCAUUCACGUAUUGUGGACUUGCAUUGCGAAGACCAGAUCCUCGUAGAAAAUCCACUCAAACCUGGAGAUUCACUGAUGAUGGGAGAUUAUGCUGCGCACACCGAAAUAUGUGUGUUCAGUCAAAAGAUGGUUUUAUGGGACUUAACGAAGGCGGCAGUGUCGCCCGUUGGCAAAUGUGGAGUGAAGCAGUCUUGGGACCUGAAACUCACUGCAGUCCUCCUCCAAUUGAACAGCGUGUAAGCAGGCAAAGACUGAGACCCGGUUCUGGAUUUUUGUCCAUCAGAGUCACGACUGAUGGACCUACUCGAGUGCUGCAAAUACUUGACAUAAAAGAAAGAAAACGAACAUUUGCCCUCUUGGAAGAGCGCGACUGGUUGAACAUCGCGAUCAACCAGCGGCCGACUCAAUCAAGCCACGAGGAAAAUCCAGAUUCUCGAGAACUCCACCUGAACGUCAGCUUGCAAGCCGGUCUCGGCCUGUCCAUCGUUUCACGCCAGCCCGCAGAGGAAUUGAUAUUCACUCGAUUUGCGGGAAUCACUCUCGACUUCAUGAUGACACCAGCCAGCACAAAUUUGAAUCUCAGCGUCGACGACGUUCAAGUCGACAACCAGCUUUUCGAGGCACAUUGCACAUCUGUCCUCUACAUUUCGCGAGCGAGUCGCGGCGAGAAUGACGCGCGACCGGCGAUUCAUGUCGCCGCUGAAAAAUUGCCCUCGAAAAACCAGAAUGCAGAGAUCUACAAACAUCUGGUCGUGAGCAUCAAGCCGAUGUGCGUGCAUCUGGAGGAGAGGCUCAUUUUGAAAGUGGCGGCUUUUAUUGGCGCUGGAAGAUCCGAACUCGAAGUUCCUGUCGAUGAAAAUGACUUCAAUGCUCAAAAAUUCAUUUCUAAUGUUUCUGCGGCUCAUGCGAAACGAUACUACUUUGGGGCUUUGAAACUCGUACCGAGUCAAGUUAAAUUGAGUGUUUUGACAGCUACGAAAUUGCCCAGUCAUCUCCAGGCGAUCAAGAAAAAAUUGGGAUUAACGUUAAUUAAAUUCGAGGACGCUACUAUUGAUCUGGAACCAUUUAUUAGGAUGCAUCCCUUCGAAAGCAGACAAUUUUUGAUGCACUCGAUCGUAAAACACUACAUAGAUGAGCUGAAGUGGCAGGCGGCAGUAAUCCUCGGAUCUGUCGAUUUCCUCGGAAACCCCCUUGGUUUCGUCAACGAUGUUUCCGAAGGAGUUUCUAGUUUCAUAAUGGAAGGAAACGUAAAAACGUUAGUGAAGAACGUGACCCACGGGCUUUCCAAUUCCGCUGCCAAAGUCACGGAAACUUUAUCCGAUGGACUGGGUCGAGUGAUAAUGGACGAGAGACACGAGGAAACUCGACAGAGGAUUCGUGCCAAUACUUCCGGAAGUAGUGAUCACUUGCUGGCGGGCUUGAAAGGAUUGGGUUUUGGCAUUUUGGGUGGAGUUACGAGUAUCGUCAAGCAAACUUAUGACGGAGCGGCAAACGAAGGAUUUCCUGGAUUCUUCGCCGGAUUGGGAAAAGGCGUAGUGGGGACGGUAACGAAACCAGUUGUUGGAAUGUUGGAUCUUGCAUCAGAAACGGCGACAGCUAUUCGCGAAACAAGCCGAAGUGCUCAUCGAGUGAUACCAAAACGAGAUCGACUGCCGCGAGUCGCUAGCGGCCCGGCGGGUCUCCUACCCCCUUACAGUUACCAGCAGGCCGAGGGUCAAGAAUUUCUCUAUAUCAUAAAUAAUCGGGACUAUUCGGAACUGUUCGUGGCCUACGAGUGUUUGCGGAGUGGCGCGGAUAAUCUGAAAGUUCUAGUGUCGAAUGAAAGAGUUCGCAUCAUUUCUGGAGGCACGAAGGGAGUCGUGACGGAAGUUAGUUUGGCCGAUCUGCUCCAGUGUCAACCAACCCACAAACUUGAGAGUAAUGGCCUUACUCUUCAUUACAUAGAAUUAACUUCGAGAGAUUCAGUCGCUUCGACUAAUCUCGUUGGAUCUGAGGUGCUAAGAAGACCAAAGGUUAGAUGCGACAAUGAAGCCGUUGCUAAAUGGGUUUCCCAACAAAUCAACUAUGCCAAAGGAAUGCAUGAAGAGCGCAGUUUGACUCUGAUGUCAUCAGACAACAUGCUGGACGACAUCCAGAGCUAUACGUAAAGAGAAAAUGAGCACUUUAGUCGAAAGUUUUUCUACUUUGUUACCCUUUAUUUACCGGCCGUUUUAAAUUUAAGUGUAGAUGUUGAUCCCCUGUCCUUCCUUACAAGUCGACUCGACAAUGCCUUAAUCUUGGCGUUACAUUGUUAUAAGACUGAUUCGUUACAAAUGUAGAUUGUUAUCAACUACCAGACUUGAAGGGUUAAAAGGUCACGAAUUAACAAAACAAAAAAAUCACGUCUCAAAACACAUUUAGCUGUAAAAUAGUUGUUAAUCUACCGUUUGAAACGUACUAGAUUAAGUGAAUUCUUAGAUGAAUUCGAGACAUGAUGAAGAUUAUGCGGAAUCAAAAAAAAAAAAAAA